AUGAUACCCCAGCACAUAAUUUGUACAUUGCGCAGUGGUGUGAGGUGCUGGCAACAUCGAAGUGUUUUGGGAACGGCUUUACUGCUCGAGGCCUUGGACUUUCGAAGCGUGCGCUGUCGGUGUACCUCGCCUGGCCCUGUCAGAUCCAUGGAGGAAAUACUGACGAGGGUUGUGGUACCAUUACCUACAUACGAGACGAGAGAGAAGUCCCCGCCUCCCCCUGAAUCGAACAGUGUGGAAUUUAUGAAUUUCUACAGAAGCCUUGAAAAGGAAGAGAAGUCACAAUUACUGGCAAAGUUGUCACACGAUUUUGGUGUUGACCACAAAGGAGUUUCAGAGCUAGCAGGAAAGCUGCUCGACACUCAACAAAGGGACUUGGCUACAAUACUGCAAGUAGAGGACAGGUUACGAUACAGUCUGACUCCUCGCUAUAAACAAUUGCUUAAUCACAUAAGUAGGGUGGAAUCGGGAGUGAAGUUUCUGGUGGACCUACGUGCCGAUCUGCUUGAAAUAAUCUCAUCUAAAGCAAGUGACAGUCCUCAUAUUCGGGUAAAGCCAUUGUUUACAAUUUUCUAUGGUGGCCAGCUAAUGUCAAUUCUGUCGCGCGUUUUGGAAAUAUUUGACAGGUGUAGCCAGGAAUUCUAUACAACAGCACACGUGUUUCCCACCUUGGAAUCGACUGUCAUUCCUUCUGAGCAUUUGGGGAAUUGCUACGCAAAAAUAGUAACUUUCACUAUAACAGGGAGGCAGUUCUACCAUAACCAGACAGGUGUGAUUGAAAAUGGAAGUGUUUCCAAUGGAAAUAUGGAAUAUAGCUAACAUAAUACACGUGAUUUAUUUACAAACAAGCUAAUAGAUGACAGAUUGCCAUCUUUAAUGCCAAGAAACAAAAUACACGAAAUAGGUUCAUAAUAUAAUGUACCCAAUGAAUAGGUUCAAUGGAAAGUUGUGUGUCAAAAGUUUUAAUCAGGUGCAGGCCUAUGAAUGUACCUACUAAAUAAAGUGUUGGCAUUUUGAAAAGGCCUAUCUACGUUGUAUGACGUGGAAGCCCCCCUUGACUUACAUUGGUAUGGGUGUCCCAUUUCAACCGACUGCUAGAGCAGUUCAGCGCUGAUGACUUUUACCCUAGUGAAGAAACGUACUGUAGUUUUAUUUUUUAAACGUCAUGACCAUCGGACAAUCUAACCAAUUCUAUUUACUGUUAUCAUAGCAUACCUUCUGGGUGAUUCUCAUGAAACCAGUUUUAAAAUGUCUGUAGCAAAUUGAGUUACAAAACCAUGAUGCAUCUGCAAAAAAACCAACAAUCAUUCUGAGGUUUCUAGUUUUCGGGAAAGUGUCUUAUUUUAAAUAAAUGGAAAGUUUUCGCCUGAAUUUCGCACAUUUUCACACCAAAUUCUCAUUACCGAAAUGUGUCCAGAUUAAAUUCUCAGCCAAUUUUAUACAAAACAUUAUUUAGAAAACCUAACUUAUUUCAAUAAAACACAAAAUAUGUUCCUGUAGUUUGUCCAUAAAUCAUAAAAAUUGUAUACUAGUUGAAGUUGACAUUAAACUAAUAUUUAUUACAUACAAACACAGUGUCUGUGGACAUAUCUCAUUGCUAUAACACAUUUUCAAGUUCCUGUAAAAAUUCCAAUCAGUUUUUAAAUAGUUUUAUUCUCCCAUGAUGCAUUAUCUAGAGGAGUAGUCCUCAGAUGAGCACACGUUUUAUGUUAAUCUAUUCGCUUUUAUGCCUUCAGAAUGAGGUUCUUAUUCUCAAAAUACCCUUUACCCCACUUGGCCUUCUCAUUACCAAAACGGCUAACGUGCUCAAAUCGGGAAAAAGUGUGAUUUUAAUUUGAUAACAAUUGUAUAAUUUAAUUUGAAAUAUUUGUAUUUUCAGUGUUAUGUUUAACUCAGGCCUUUUCUUUAGGGGAGCAAUGUUUAAAAAAUAUUAUAAAUAUUGAUUUAUUUAUAACUUUUUUGGACUUCGAAAACUGUUACGUUAAUGAGACUUUUUUUUUAAUGAUUGUAAAAUGCAUAAUAUCUGAUUUAAAAAAAAAACAUAAUAAUUAUGAAAUAGAUUAAGUACAGAUCCUAAUCUUAGUGAAAAAUUACACCUGAGAAUGUUUUGUUUGUUUGGAAGAAUGACCCUCCUACAGCAUUGGCCAGGGUUAAGCAACCCUGUUCCUGGAGAUGGGCAGAUACUACAGGAUUUUGUUCCAACUAGGCACCACACCUGACCAACUACGCUAAUUGAUCAGUUCAGUGAUUGCCUAAAAUCAACACACCUGGUCUUCCAGGUUGGUUAAUUCAAAAACAUGAAGUGACUGCGGCACUCCAGGAUCAGGGUUGCCUACCCCUGGCGUAGGCGAUCUCCCUUCUCUAAACUUUUACCCACUUUUCGAGGUCAGAAGUGACUGUUCUGUUUGGCUAUCACCUCAGACAUGUUCCAUGGAAAGGUCCCUGGGGGUAAUACUGUAUAGAUAUGCCAGCUGUUUAAAUAUCAGUCCCAGGGGCGGACUGUUUUUACGGGCUGGUCCACUUUUAGCCUAGUGGGCCUGUCUAACUUGUUUUUUUUUAUCUUCACAAAAUGUGAAAACAUCUCGCCAUCUCUGGGCUUACUGCCCUAGUGGAUCACGCCACCAAUUAGUGAUAGCAGUAAAUUACAGCGAUUUGACAUGAUCACGAGUGUCUUCAACUUUUUUCUCUCCAAUGUACGAAUAUAAACGUACAUCUUGUAUAAUACUUCUACAUCUUUAUUGCUGUGAAAGCACAUGAAUGUGUAUUAAAUGGAUAGACAAACAUUUAGGAUUUUGUCAUAUGCGAAAACAUGCCUUUUUGAAUUUAGUAGCUAGUAGCCUAGUCAAGGAUGCAUCAUGCAAUAUUGGGACACUAUACUUUACAGACCUAGUGGAACAAAAGUAAACCUUGAAUUUGGAGGUUUAAAAUAUCCCUGUGGUGGCCAAGUUGAUCUAUUUUAUGAAAUGCCAUUGGUUGGUGGAUAUAAAGUCUAAGGUCUUUGACAGACUGAUGCGGAAUUUGUAAAAUAAAAAAAAAUAAAAAAAUAAUACAGCUGGUGAGGUUAGCAUACGGCUAACGUGUGCCAGGUUAUCUGAUGGGACCAGCUACAAAGUAACGUUCUAUCACGCGCAACUACGUCGACCGUUCAUAAUUGGCUGAUGCACAUUUUGAGACUGAGGUCCAGGUUCAACAUAAACUUUUUCUAAUGUUCGCAUGUAUGGCCCCUCUUAAAAAUUGAAUAAGUGAGAGUAAAUAAGAGCCUCUCACCUACAAUAGAAUGUGUGCGUGGGAAGAAAGAGGGGUUUUCAUAAUCGUUAUGGUAAUUAAAACAUCAGAAAGACGAGCAGAAAAGUGAUUAAAUAAAUUCUGAAAUAUCAAAUAGGCCUAGCCUAAUAAAAGUUUGAAAUGGUCAAGACCAAUGUUCCCUCAAAAACGUUUUGGGCACUGAGCACAAACUUGAACAUUGUGAAAAUUCUGUGCAACUUCCAGCGAGCGUUUACUGUGAACACUGAUGCUGUACCCGCUUUAAGUUAGUUUUAACAGUGGCAAUGUAGGAUACUGUGGCUAUUUGAUCAUAAUGUAGGCCUACCAGAGUGGCCUACCAUCAAAAACAAUGGAGAAAAUGCAUCCCAUAACAUUUUAACAUGGAAAUAGCUGUUAUAUCAUUCACCCACAGUAGCAGCCAAUGUGUGGUGUUCAAUGUAGGCCUACAUUCCAUGAGACUUUUGAAAAAAAACAUGCAGGGCUUGACAUUAACCUGUUUAUCCACUUGUCCUUCAGACAAGGAGGUGACUGAAAAUGUGUUGUUUGAUGCAAGAAACCACUUUACAAAAUAAAAUGCAUUAUUAUUCCCUUACCAUUAUUACAGAGAAUCAGACAAAUUAUGCUACCCUCUGCCUAUUGGCUACUAAGCUUAUUCAAGCAUGUCUUAAAAUGCAACACUGCCCCUUUAAGACAGAAAUAAAGCUCUUUACCUGACUCGCUUUUCAAAGAUGUCUAGAAAUGUAUACGUUUUGUGCUCUUGUAGGAAGCAAUCACUCCCCUAUUGCUGUGUACAAGUGAUCUAUAAAUGGGCUAAUAACUCACUAACUAGCAAAGGAUAUGAACAAAAUGUGCACACUUGGCUACAUGCACUUCUCGAUUUGAUCUCAAAACAAGCGCAUCUACCCCCGACCGCUCAUGCUGUAAACGCAGUCCAGUUCAAAUUAAAUGGCACAGAUCCAUAUAUGGCAAUGGUCUAUUUGCAUAUAGGCCUACUGCAGCUCUGAUUGUUUAUGCCGCACCGGUCUGUGUAGAGUACGGGCUGAGUUGUGCAUUCUGCCUACAACAAAAUCUCUUGCAUAGUUCGUUUUGUUUCGGUAUGUUGCAUUGAAAGUGGCUAAUAUUGCGUUGAAUCGAUCACAAUUGCCACAGUAAAGGGAAACGUUGAUAGUGUUAACAGGGAAAACUCUAGAACAGUGGUCACCAACCUUUUCUGAAUCAAGAUCACUUUGAGUCAAAAUGCACGAUGACUUAAAAAACGUAAGCCUAUGCAACAUUAACCAAUUAAAAACAGUACUGUAGCAAUGAGGUUUGUGUAGUAAGGUAUAGGCCCAAUACAUUAUCACCUCAUAUUGGCCGUUGUUGUAUUACUUGUGAAGUACAGCUGAGUGAGCAUACAUUUAAAUCAUUAGCUUUUUAUUUUUAUUUUACUGGGCUGAUGGUGCCUGCAUCUGAUGGUCAGUCUCAGCUGAGGAAGGGAGAACCAGACUGAGAGUCUGCCUCUCAACAUCCCUCCGCUCUCGCUUUCCUCCACAGACACUGACCAAAAAGGGACAACUGAUGGCGAAACUCAAGUCGCACUGCAUUAUUUCAUGUUGUUACUCCUAUGAACAGAGAAAUAAAAUAUUCCUUGAUAUUAAAAAAUACCCAAGCCGCUAAUAAUAACAACAACGCAAGCAUAUAGAUACCAGUGAGGCGCUGAGGGGAAGACGGCUCAUAAUAAUGUCUGUAAUGGAGCGAAAAGAAUGGCAUCAAACACAUGGAAACCAUUUCAUGGCUUAUAAAAGUGUUGAAACAAAGUGUUGAGUAAGAACUUAAACAUGAACACACUCAUAAAAACAGCAUAUUUUUGCUGUAUUCGUUGACGGUCUCGCUCUAGUCAUGGUUUUAAACGUUUUGAAAUCUCACAGUAUCAGUUUUGCUGUAGCGUUCUUUUAUGCCUGCUACAUUACUGCAGACAUGGUCAUCUGAGCCAUCCGAUUGGCCAGCGGUAGGCCUAUAGUGCACUUGAUAUGCUCUCUGUGCCCGCCAGGAAGGCAGAAUUUGUACCUUCAGGCACAUGAAAUGGUUAAAAAUGGCAACAGUUCGCCUACCCGAUGCGCAGGGCAGCUGAAUCGGGUGCAUCUACCGCCAACAGCCCUAGACGAAUACAAAUAAAUAGGAACACAAGGCUUUAUUGUUGGGUUUUUUACAGAAAUGUUUGGAGAUCGACCAGUCGAUCGUGAUCGACCGGUUGGUGACCACUGCUCUAGAAAGUUGAGUAAAGUUCAAUCUCGUGCUUCUCUCUGUGGGCUGAUAUUUCUGCGCGGCAGUCUUGGGCUACUGCGCCACACACGCAGCUUAGAGGGAACAUUGGUCAAGACUGCGGUUGCUAAGGUUCUUUAGAAGUGUCACUUUGAAUUCCACAGUAUAUUUGUUUCCUGCUGUUGGUCUAUCGAUUUUAUUUUCUCAACGUUUUCAUUCUUCUUCACCUGUGCACACAAUUACCUUGGAGGUGAGAGAUGAGGAAAAUAACUGGGAUUCAUAAUAUACUUUUACUGUGAAUUUAGUUUAGUGGUCUCUCACAUUUGAACGUUAGUUGUGGUUUGUCACAGAGGCAAUUUUAGCCUGAGUCUGUCAUGUCAUCUAGGCCUACUGGAGCAAAAGGCACAUAGUGAAGUGGGGGCUGAGGGGCUGUCCUGUUGCACCCUGGAAACUUUGGCUGCACAACUGAAUAACUUUGGCUUUGGUUCCUGUUUUAUAUGCAUCACAGUUUCCUUCUGGUUCUCUUUGUGCAUGCAAUCUAGCAAAUGUGUAGCUACUGUGUAGCAACUGUGUAGCAACUGUGGCAUACAAAUAUACAAAUUCCUAAUUUUACUGAUAUGAAAGACUGAAGUAAUUUUCUCUCAAGGAUUUGAUUCUCAAGCUUUUUUCAAAGGAUCACAUUAUUGUCACAGCCAUUCAGGCUAGAGAAGGUGGGUUAAACAAUUGAAUUCGUUUGAUUCCUCUUCUCUCGCUCUCCCCUCCCCUCUACUUCCAUGUCACUAAACCUAACGAAUGUUGAUGAAAUACAGAUUUUCCCCCGAGUUUAUUUUCUUUUGUAUGACUAAGAAUUGUGAGCUCCUUCCACCCAGAGGCAAGGCGGCAGCUGCGGUUUUAUGUGUCCACACAGCAUGAUAUCAACGCUUUUUCAGGGUUUAUCAAUCUCAGAUUUAAUUAUUACUUUAAGCAGAUGUUUUUGUUCAGAGUUAAAUAAAAAAGCUAUUUGUGUUUUAGUGUCAGCCACACUAUAGCAUCUACUCCCGAGUGGCGCAGUGGUCUAAGGCACUGCAUCGCAGUGCUAGCUGUGCCACUAGAGAUCCUGGUUCGAAUCCAGGCUCUGUCGUAGCCGGCCGCGACCGGGAGACCCAUGGGGCGGCGCGCAAUUGGCCCAGCGUCGUCCAGGGUAGGGGAGGGAAUGGCCGGCAGGGAUGUAGCUCAGUUGAUAGAGCAUGGCGUUUGCAACGCCAGGGUUGUGGGUUUGAUUCCCACAGGGGGUAUGAAAAAAAUAAUAAUGUAUGCACUAACUGUAAGUCGCUCUGGAUAAGAGUGUCUGCUAAAUGACUAAAAUGUAAAUGUAAAUGUACAGUCUACAUCCUGUGUGGUUCUGAUUAGUCUCCCUCAUGACAGACUAACAAUAGAGUAGCUGGCCAAAGCGCACAAUAACUUUACUUCUGAGUUCUGAAGUUGUUACCCCCCCCUUCACCUGCAGGACCUGAAUGGCACUCUGAAGAGUCUGCUCUCUGAGUGGUUCUCUGUGGGUCUGCUGCGUCUGGAGAGGAUCACCUGGCAGUCCCCCUGUGAGAUACUGCAGAAGAUCAGCCAGUAAGAAGCCCCUGUAGUAAACACACACACACUUCUACAGUGUGCAUACACCCUAAACCCAUAUCUAACCAUCACUAUGACCUGUCAGGUACGAGGCUGUGCACCCUGUGAGGAACUGGACAGAUAUAAAGCGUAGAGUUGGGCCGUACCGUCGCUGCUAUGCCUUCACCCAUGCUGCCAUGCCAGGGGAGCCACUGGUCGUCCUGCAUGUGGCACUUACAGAGGACAUCUCUGAUAACAUACAGGUGAGAGGUUUAUAUGGAAUAUGAAAGAAUGCAUAAAUUGAUAAGUUUGUUUAGCUGUCAUGUGGAUUUGUAUUACUUUUCCUCUUUUCAGGUCAUGAACCACAGUUUGAUAAUUGACUGUAUGUCUGACUCCAACAAUGUUGUUUCUCUUGUCCAAUAGAGUAUCGUGAGAGAGUUUGCUACUCUAGACUCAGAGGAGGAUGUGAACAAAGUCAAUACAGCAGUGUUCUACUCCAUUUCCUCCACCCAGGCUGGCCUACAGGGGGUGGAGCUGGGGAACGUCCUCAUUAAGAGAGUGGUGCGGGAGCUGCAGGUGGGUGGAGAAUGACAUCACAUCACCACUGUCUAAAUGAGCAGGCUGACAGAAACACUGGGACUAUCUGAACACUGUGGAACGUCUCCUAGGCAAAUCAGCUGCUGCUCUGCAUCGUAAUUGGUUGAUUUAUUAGCCAGCUCCAGGGUCAGAGUCCUUUACGCUCUGUUAGUCACUCGCUUCAAUGUCGCCUGAUAACUUCCAUUCACUCUUCCAGAGAAGUUCCAGAGAACCACAACCACUCACGUCACCAAGCAUUUCUUGCCACAGCCAAUAAACAGAUGGCAGUCAAUCACAGCAGUAGUUCAACAUGAGCUGGAGGUCAUUUCAGUGUGAAAGGAGUGGUUAUUAUGAUAAGAUAACCAUAGCAUGUUAUAUAACCUAGACAAGCUAAUAUUUUGAUUGCUCUUAGUCUUGUGAGUUUCUCAAUUAAGCCAAAUACUCUCUCACAAUCUAGCAGUUCUACCUACAUCUGAGAUGUGUUUUUGAGGGUAAAGAAUGGAUAGCAGCAUGAUUGAAUAAACAUCUCCACACAUCAACCAAGACCGAGAGUGAAAUAAUUACAUUUCAGCUGGUUUUGAUGUGAGGGUUGUUGAUAGUCUGAUAGAGUAUAGGCUUGUAUGCUUAGAGUAGGUGGUCUGUGCAGUUGUGUGUCUUGUUGAUUUGUACAGUAGCCCUAUUUACAUUCAGUAGCAUAUAUGCGGUAAAGGAGUCAAUGGAACGCAGACAAUUCCAUUGACCAGAUUGGCGCACAUUCAACAAAUUGGAUCUAACAAAGUGGAUAUUCGUCAAAUCCGUCAUGAUUUAUGUAUUGUAACAGGCCCACAAUGUGGUUACUUAAGUCCGAUUUGGAUAUAUUUGGGUUUAUAAGAAUGACUGCUAAAUGCUAACUCCUGUUCAUAUAAGAUGGUUAGCAUAGCUAGCAUACAGAAAUUGUUGGUGGUAGUCAGUCGUUUUUAACUGUAAUGCAGUUGAUUGGUGACAAUGACAUGAACGUGUUGGGGUUGGCAUCCAUACAAAUAUUGUACUUAGAUUUGUACCUCAACAGUGUGAAAUACAUAUAUAAACAAUAGCCUAAAAUGUAGGCUAAUUUUGCUGGUGGGCAAUGAGGAGAUUCUGGAUUUUCCCCCGUGCAUUUCCAUGGCAAUUCCAUUGUUUUGGUCGAGUUCGAGUGACCUCUUUACCGCAUCUAUUAGUCUUGGCCUGAGUAUUCUAGCCUUUCCAUUGUUCUGUCUGUACUCUUAACAUUGGUUAAGUUGAUCUAUGGAGUUCUAGGGAUGUACAUUGUUCUGUAGGGCUUGAACCUCUUAUCUGUAGUCACAAUUCCAUCUGAACUCUGUGGAUAUCAAAUUGAAGCUGAAACUUGAUUUUGUUUUACAAAGCCUUUUCUUGUGGCCGAUGAGAUUUAUCCCAAGGUCACCCUAAUAGCCCUCAUAUCAGUUGGGGGGGACAAAACUAAGUAAGUUGAGCUUCUGGGCUGGCUCAUAACUAUGACUGUGUGCAGUGCCAUGGCAGUGUUAAGCCCCACAUUAAGGGGAAUAGAAAAGCUCCACAGCCGCUGAGAGACCACUAUAAUAAUGGAUGGAUGACAGGGAGGAAAAUAAAAGGUCAUGCUGUGAUUUAGGAAGAAGGGAGGAGGAUCCCGUUGUCUUUCAGCAUUACACCCUGGGGCCAUUUACUGUCUCCCUCAUUCUGCCUGUCCUUAUCUCUCAGGUCUCUGGAUUGCAUGCCUGCUCUAAGCCUGCUGACCAAGGUUUUACAGUAAAUUAAACAGAUGAAAUGAAUGGAAAGUGACCUCUUGACAUGGUUCUCCUCUGAUCCACUGACUCGUGUGAUGGAAGUACAGGGGAAUGAAUGAGAAAGAGGCUGAGAAAGAGAGUGGGAGAAGGAAAGGCACACUCCAACAUCUGCUUCCAGGGGUUGUCUGACACACUUUGCCUCCUUUGAAUCAAUACUCCACACAGCUCUGUAUCUUAUCAGCCUUGACAAGCAAGAGCCAACAUAACAGAGAGGGAGAGAAAGGCCAGGGAAUAGAAGAGAGAGGACAAGGAUGAGAGCUUGUCAAGAAGGGUAAGAUAGAAGAGAGUGUGGAAUGUAGGCGGCAGAUAGGCAGCAUGCGAUGAUGGCAGAGGCGCUAGGGAAUAAGGACCAGAAUCAAGUGAGAGAGGAACGGAGGGCAGGGUACACACUGCAUAAUGUAAGCCUUAAUAUCUUAAUUGAGUGAUAAUUCACUUCGUGUUUUUCUUCUUACCAAGUUAAAUUAUCUAAUGUCAUUGACAGAUCAUUUUGCUUAUUAUAAUCUAAAAAAGGCUUAAUACAAGUACUUCUUUUACAAUUUCUAGAUAUUUUAUCUUAAUAAGAUGAUGUAUUUCUAUUCGCUCUAUAAUGCCACAUUGGUAUUGUUUAUUAACUGGUGGAGACUAAGUUGUUUUAGACUAAGGAUGUUUACCUCAGACUAUCUUUCUCUGUCUUUGCAGAGUGAGUUUCCCCACAUGUCCCAGUUCUCCAGCCUGUCUCCCAUCCCGGGCUUCUCCUCCUGGCUACAGGGCCUGCUCAGCCAGCACCGGAAGGAGGGCCGCAUGGAGCUGCUAACUGACUGCGAGUGGAGGAAGGUGGCAGAUGUCACAAACACAACCCCUGAUACCAACGCCCUGGAUGCCCUGCGUAAAUUGAUUAGCACCGGCGACUGGACACGUUCUGAACGACUGGUCCACGUCCUGGAACCCGUCCUGAUGCGCCUCUGUGCCUGGUACCUCUACGGAGAGAAGAGGCGCGGCUACGCCCUAAACCCUGUGGCCAAUUUCCACCUGCAGAACGGCGCCACCAUGUGGAGGCUGAACUGGCAUGCAGACACCAGCCCGCGAGGAGUGGUCAACUCCUGUGGCAUCAUGGUGAACUACAGAUACUUCCUGCAGGAUACCCUGUCCAACAGCGCUGCCUACAUGCACAACAAAGUCAUCACAGCCACAGAGCAGGUGCUGGGCUUGGUCUCACAGUUUCAGAAGAACAGCAAACUCUGA